AUGUCUGACCGCAGGAAUCUGGCUAUCCAGGACGGCUCGUCUAAUGUGGCCCGCCACCACAACCUCAUACAUUCCAGAGCGCACAAACAUGUUGACCAAACGGGACUCAUCAAUCCAGAUUGUUCCAGCACCCGGCUCUUAAACAUCCACACUGUUUUUCACUUGUUCCCUUUCACCAAACCACCUGCCCAUCCAGCCAAUGUGGUUCUCAUUAAGCUGACAUCAUUCUCCACACCACAUUUCCUUGAGCAAUCCUUCAUUAUUUUUGU